CGCGGUCGUACAGCACACCUUUCUGUUUCCUCGUUCUUCACGUAGUUUGUUCCUUCAGUGGCUGCUGAGCUGAAUUCAAUGAAAUGGCAUUGACUGUGGAUGGAAACAAGCUUCCCCUGCGGAGGAAGCGACAGGACGGGGACGAUAAUGGCGAUAAUGGCGAUACUGACGAUAAUGUCAGCGGGAAGAGGGAGAGAAGUGAAGCGGGCCGGCUGGAGUCUUGCUUGGAUCAGCCAGUGGAUUCAGACGUCCACGAAAUCAUCAAGUAUACGCCCUCGCCGCUACCAGCCAAACAUUACGACCCCGACACCACUGAACCAAUCAGCAGUGGUCUUGAAACAUUGGAGGAGCUGUUGUUGUGGAAACGAAGCGAGGCAAACCCCUUUAACGUUGCGGCAUUCCCUCUGGCGCCUCGGGAUCCUCCUCUGGCCAGCUCCCUGCGUCGGACCUUGGUGUCUCAUGACAUGAUGGGCGGCUACCUCGAUGACAGGUUUGUCCAGGGGACGACUGCAGAGGCUCCGUAUGCUUUCUACCACUGGCAGCACAUCGAUAUUUUCAACUACUUCACGCACAGACUGGUGACUGUGCCUCCCGCUGUGUGGACCAAUGCUGCACAUAAACAUGGAGUCGUGGUUCUCGGGACCUUCAUCACAGAGUGGACUGAUGGAGCCAAGAUCUGCGAGGACUUCUUGAAAGACGAGGAGUCGUACCGGAAAGUGGCUGAUAAACUAGUCCAGAUCAGCCACUGCUAUGGCUUCGAUGGCUGGCUCAUUAACAUAGAGAACACGCUCAGUGAGGUCGCGGUGAAGAACACGCCGUUGUUCCUACGCUAUCUGACAGACCAGAUGCACGAGCGAGUGGCCGGCAGCCUGGUCGUGUGGUACGACAGUGUGAUCAAUAACGGACAUCUGCAAUGGCAGAAUGAGCUCAACCAGUCCAACAGCAUGUUUUUCGACGCUUGCGACGGUAUCUUCACCAACUACAACUGGACGGAGCAGAACCUGGAGUGGAUGAGCAACUACGGCGCGGUCCAAGGACGCCAGGCCGACAUCUACAUCGGCGUGGACGUGUUCGCCCGAGGCAAGGUGGUGGGAGGAAAGUUGGAAACAAAUAAGGCGCUGGAAGUCAUUCGGAAGCACAACUUCUCUGUCGCCAUCUUUGCUCCGGGCUGGGUGUACGAGACCCACGAUGAUAAGACAGAAUUCCGCAAGAAUCAGGACAAGUUCUGGGCUCUUCUGUCGGACUACCUGUACGUCCAUCGGCCAUUGGCCCCUCUCCCCUUCGUCUCCUCCUUCUGCCAGGGCUUUGGGAAGGCUUCCUACUGGAGAGGACAGUGUGAGGCGGAGAAGGGCUGGUACAACCUGAGCGCCCAGGAGAUCCAGCCCUUGUACUACCACACGGAGCUGGAGGGCCAGGGCUGGCUGACGAGCCGCGGCUGCCCCGAGGACGCCUGGAACGGAGGCUCCUCGCUGCUCCUGGACGGACUCAUUCCUGCCGCACACACCUCUCCAGUUAGUGCCAAGGUCUUCUCCCUCAAUGUAACGCUGGCAUCCAGGACUCUGUUGGCUUUCAUCUACAAGCAGUCUACUGGGAUCACAGUCUCCCUGGAGCUGAAGACGACAGACGCCAACACACACGCCCAGGAUGUCCAACUUACCAGUGUGCUUCCUGAUAUCCUGGAUGAGGGGGACCAGUUGGUGAGCCAGUUCUCUCAGCUGUGCGGGAACUUGAAUCAAAAUGGUUGGACUGUCAGGUGUUUGCAGCUGGAGCUUUGUGACUGUGUUCUUAGAGAAGUUUAUUUCAACAUCCAGCGGGAUGGAGAGCCUCAGGACACACCUUUCAGCUGCAGGGUGGGAGAGAUCAUGCUCUUGGAUGCAGCCAGUCUGCAAGUCCCCCAGGAGCUGGUUCAGGGCUUGUGCAUUUAUGACGUGGUGUGGCUGCGUGGUGCCGGUACCUCGCCGGAGUCCACCAACCCCUGCCUGCUUCUCAACGCCACUCUACACUGGAAGUACCCGACCGAGCUCGUCCGCCACUUCAGGGUGUACUGGCAACGGCUGACAGGACCCCAUUCCCGAAUCCUCCCAGGUCCGCUGGUUCUGGUGGGCCGGGCGUAUUCUAAUGUUUUUAGAGUAACGGAGCUGGCAGUGCCGGAUGCACCCGGCCUGCUGGAGCUGGUGGUGGAGCCAGUGAUCAGGAAGGGCUUCUCGGUGCCGGAGAGCCACUGGGGUAGAAGACGACUCCGCUACACAAUGACUUAACUGUUAUCAGGCUGCUUCUCCUCGACCGUUUAAUAAAUAGCGCUGCAGUCAUGGCUCACAACUAUCCCAGUUUGGAGUUAAUAGCAUACAAUUGUCUCUUUAAUUGUCUCAAAAGAUGUAAAAAAGACUGACUCCCCCCCAAUGGUCUGGUACUUCUAUAUCUUAACGUUCAGAAGUGGGGCUAUUGACCAAACAGCAUUAUGAACUUUACACUAUUCUGCUUGAAUGAUUCUGUCUUGUUUUGUUUCAUGUUUCAUUUGUUUCAUCAUAUUUGUUGUUCAUACACUUCAGUUUUUGUACUGAUUAAACAGAUCAGAUGUAAGAUGAUAAUUAGUGAGUUUUAGAGUUGCUGGGAGGCAGAUUUAGUCGCUGUUUCCAGUAUCUGUGCUAAGCUAAGCUAGCUAGCUUGAUAUUUACUGUAGACAUGAGGGAGGUGUCAAUCUUCUCAUCUGACUUUUGGCAAGAAAGCAAAUAAGCGUGUUUCCCAAAAAUUUUGAACUAUUCCUUUAAGUUAUGAUUGUUUUGUCAAAACUAUAAUUCCUGAGGAGUGAACUCUCAGGCUUCACUACAUUUUUACGUGAAUGUUUUUUAGCAACAAAGGUCUUUGUGCCACCAAAGAUGACACUCCAUGUCAGGGAAUGAAAUGAUGUUGUUGACCCAAUGAUGAAAUAUUAGAUUAUAUUAAAUUAAUUCCAGUGAUGAAGUUGUCAGAUGAAGUAUAACCAGUGGUCCCAGUUACGUUCAUGAGCAUGAGAUUUGCACAGUGGAAUCAUAUCAAAUGCACUCAUAUUACAUCUCAGCUCUCUCAACCAUGCAGUGGAGUCCUUCAGUUGAGGUAGUAAUGUGCUGUGUAAUCUCUUGUUGAAUGCAUUUUCCUUUUGAUUGGUUCAUUUGUGCUUGAGAGGCUGUAAUAUCAGCAAUGUAUCAGGAGUCAGAGCUGUACUGAUGUUGGCGGAUCAUCUCUAAAGGCAGAGCAGAUUUAUAUUUUUAUAAAUCAGCGAUCACAUAUAUGAAGUACAAACGUGAUUAACAAUAUUUACUGUAUCAAAUAUACAAAUAUAUCUCAUUCUAAUCAAUAUACUAAUUUGGUUUAUGCAAUAUUAACAUUUUUUAUCCAGAUUUUAAAAGCUUUAUAAACUGUAUGUUAGCAAUAUGUAUGUAACACCAAAAGGAGUCACAAUGGAGUCAGACAACAUUUCACAAAGUCAUAUUUCUACAGUGUUUAUUACGAGUGCACAUUUUGGUGUUCGUUGGUUUGAGAGGGACAUUCAGAAAUCAAACUGAAGGAUCAUUCUCAGUUUGAGAAUACAAUGAACUGUAACAGCUCAUCAGGAGUGUAUUUCUCCUGUUAUUCUAUACCCAGAUACAGUUUUUAUAAGUCUGGAUCCAGUUCACACAUCGCCGCUCAACUUGGCGUUAACACUUCUUAAUUUAGAUUCCGUUGUUUUACCUCUGAUAUGAAGAGUGUCUGGUCAGUGUGAAAAAUCAUGUUUUUAAAGGUGGUAAAAAAAAAAACUACAAUACCAAACUAAAGAUAUUAGUCUGUACAUUGACCUCAUAAUCUGUUUGAUUUCAGUGUGCUGGAGGCCAGAGCCCACUCAACAAACGUGUUUCUGUCUAAAUACUCGCUGACGGCACUGUUGGUAAAGUGUACACAAAGUGCAAUAAAUUGUAGCAGGUUUGUGUCUUA